AUCUCCACCUCCUACUCCCCAGCGUUGCCCUGCCCAUGUGUUGUAUCUCUAUGUCCAUCCAUCGACUGACGUUCAAGUUCGUAGGAACGUCACGUCCGCACUUGAACUUGCAGCUCAGGGGGCUUUGCUCAUAUCCCUCUCUCUGUCUUUGCAAAAAAGUCAUGAAGACUGCCGCACAGCCCGUACCCCGCGCGUCAUCGUGAUGUGAUCUAUAAUUCAUUUUUUUGGAUGUCAAACGCAUCGAUGAAGACAUUUUAUCUGGAGUCUAUAUUACGUUGUAGGACGCCUCUGCCAAUGUGAACCAAGCUGAACGCCACCACUUACCAACAUGUCUCGCCGCAAGCAAGGCAAACCCCAGCACUUGAGCAAGCGGGAGUUUUCGCCUGAGCCCCUGUCGGCCGUUCUCCCCCCAGACGAGGAGCACGAGGACCACCCCAGGCUGGGGCAGCAUGGGGACGACAGGAUCCUCCUCAAGGGGGACCAGGACCUGCUCACCUGUGGCCAGUGCCACGCCCGCUUCCCUCUUGCCCACAUCCUGCUCUUCAUCGAGCACAAGAGGCGGCAGUGCCGCGGUGCCCCCUGCACGGACAAGACGUUAGACGACGGGCACAGGCGGUCGCCCUCCGCCGUUCCCCUUGCCUCGCCCCGUCCCUCCUCAAACAAAUGCCGAGACAAACACCCGUCGAGGCGCCCCUUGGAGGUAGCCGUUCAGGUGUCACCGCGCAACGACGAUGAGGAUUGUUUAUCGACGCCCACCCACGGAAUUAUCCCCAAGCAGGAGAAUAUCACAGGUAAUGACGUCACCAUGACGACGAUGACGAUCGUAACAAAUAUGGCUGCCGAUGUAAAGAACUUAAGCGACAAGCAAGGUGUUUGGGUCUGAGGUUUACUGUAAGGUUUGGGUGUUGACGAUACUUGGAUGGUACUUCAACGUUGUGAGUAGGGUUGCAAAAUCCCUAAGAUUUCCAGAAAUCCAGGUUGGAGGAAUCCCGGAAUCAGGAAGGAAUAAACAGGGAUUCCUCCAACCGUUGUUCUCCCAACGGGAUGGUUUUGUGAAACCCUGGGAAUUUUACAACCCUAGUUGUGAGUAAGUGCCUUUGUUUUGGUGACGUUUAAAAGCAAGGUUAUUGGAUCAUAGACCACAAAAAGGAUUUACAGUCCAAACUGCACAGAGCAGAUGGACUUCGAGUUGGGUUCAAUUUUGACUGGUGGCGAUGGAUAUCCAUGAGAUAUGACGUUCUUGCUGCACUGCUGGGUGUAGGGUCGUUGAGUUUAUCUCUGCAAUGGGGAUAGAAGCCCAAUAUAACUCCCAUUCUACUCUCCUAAAGAAAGAGAGAGGGAGAGAGAGACGGGAAAAGAGAGAAAGGGCUGCGUCCCAAAAGGAACUAUAUUCCCUAUAUAGUGCACUACUUUUGAUACAGGGCCUGUAUAUAGUGGGUUCUGAUCAAAAGUAGUGCACUGUAUAGGGAAUAGAGUGCCACUUGGGACGCAAGCCUAGUUUCCGUCUCAUGUGGUCUCGAUAGAUGUAUCUCCAUCUCGCUGUGGUUUUCACAGAGACAUAUCUCUUCCCCUCAAAUACAUGCCUGCCAACUCAUACUCUGGCGCUACAAUAUAAAAUACAUUUAAAAAACGUGUAGGAAAGUAAUUACGGUGAACUGUCAAGGAAGAGGCAUUUAUUUGAGGAAUCCUACUCGAGCCGCUAAUUGUCAGGGUUCUCUUAGUCUUCAUUUAGUUAAUUAAGGACUUCUUACGGCGGUUGUCUAACCACAGCUAAAUGAAGCAAAACCAUGAUGAGCAGCUCAAACAAAUAGUUCUGUCUUACAGACGUUGGUGGAAAUGAACUUUGUGUGUUUGACAGUUUAAUUUUCCUUUUUGAGUUAUUAUAAACAUUUCUAAAAACAAUUAUGGAUAUAAAUGCAGGCUUUAUUAUAAAGAAAAGUAGUAUGCUGCAUUGAACUGAUCAAUGCUUCUGCGGAGGUGAGGCUGGUUUUCAGUUCAAUGUUUUAUUAGUGAGGGUUCUCCAAAUGACAAAUACCCACUAGGUAAACACACAGCUCCAAGUACAACACAGUGGGGUAUAGGUAAACACACAGCUCCAAGUACAACACAGUGGGGUAUA